UCUCCUCCUCCUGUGCCGCGCGUGGUGGGGGUGUUGUCUUCGUUGGGGCUGGUCCAUCGUUUUGCCCCGGGCUCCAUGGCUGGAUUGUGGAACAUUGCACCCGCUUGCAGGUUGUUGAGCUACUGAUGGGACGGACGAUCGCAGGCACCGGCGGUUCCGGAAGAAAUGUUUAACUUGAUAAACUGGAGGGAAAAACCAUGGAUAUUUUUAGCAACUGAAGAGCAAAUAAAGGUUUCAGAUUUGGGACAUUGAUGUUUAUUUUGAGGACUUUUUCUUUCUCUUCUUGAGACUUUUUUAUUUUUUUAAGUCAUUGGUCUUGGACUGCAGAAGAGAAACCAGAACCAUUUUGUUUCACAUUUGAAACACUCAUUGUCGAGGAAUUUACACCCCAGCGCACAGACAUGUGGCCAUCACAGCUACUGAUCUUCAUGAUGCUCUUAGCACCACUAGUUCAUGGUGGCAAGCACAGUGAGAGACAUCCAUCCUUUGCUGCUUCACUACGACAUGCUGAGCGCAGCCCAGGAGGCGCUCUACCUCCCAGACAUCUCCUCCAGCAGCCAACUGCAGAGCGAGCCACUCCUCAUCGUGGACCAGGGCCUCGUGGAGCUGCCAGAGGAGUUCGUGGUCCAGGUGCCCAAGGAGCACAGAUUUCAGCCCAAGCCUUCAGCCGCGCCCCAAUUCCCAUGGCCGUGGUCCGCAGAGAGCUGUCCUGUGAGAGUUACCCCAUAGAGCUCCGCUGUCCGGGAACAGACGUCAUCAUGAUUGAAAGUGCCAACUACGGGAGGACCGAUGACAAAAUCUGUGACUCGGACCCCGCUCAGAUGGAGAAUAUCAGAUGUUACCUGCCAGAUGCCUAUAAGAUUAUGUCUCAAAGAUGCAAUAACAGAACCCAGUGUGCCGUGGUGGCAGGCCCUGAUGUUUUCCCAGACCCUUGCCCAGGAACUUAUAAGUACCUUGAAGUGCAAUACGAAUGCGUCCCUUACAAAGUGGAACAAAAAGUUUUUCUUUGUCCUGGACUACUAAAAGGCGUGUACCAGAGCGAACAUCUAUUUGAAUCUGAUCACCAAUCUGGGGCUUGGUGUAAAGACCCUCUGCAGGCUUCUGAUAAGAUUUACUAUAUGCCCUGGACCCCAUACAGAACUGACACCCUAACUGAGUAUUCAUCCAAAGAUGACUUCAUUGCUGGAAGACCCACCACUACCUACAAGCUUCCUCAUCGGGUGGAUGGCACUGGCUUUGUAGUAUAUGAUGGAGCUCUAUUCUUCAAUAAAGAACGCACCAGGAACAUAGUCAAGUUUGAUUUGCGGACUAGGAUAAAGAGUGGAGAAGCUAUCAUCGCUAACGCCAACUACCAUGACACCUCACCUUACCGAUGGGGAGGGAAAUCAGACAUUGACUUGGCAGUGGAUGAAAAUGGCCUCUGGGUUAUCUAUGCAACAGAACAAAACAAUGGCAAAAUUGUCAUUAGUCAACUGAACCCUUACACGCUACGGAUUGAAGGGACGUGGGAUACGGCAUACGAUAAAAGAUCAGCUUCCAACGCGUUUAUGAUCUGUGGGAUUCUGUAUGUGGUCAAGUCUGUGUAUGAGGAUGAUGACAAUGAAGCCACUGGGAACAAGAUUGACUACAUUUACAACACGGACCAAAGCAAGGACAGUCUGGUUGAUGUACCCUUUCCCAACUCAUACCAGUAUAUAGCAGCUGUGGAUUACAACCCCAGGGACAAUUUACUAUAUGUAUGGAAUAACUACCACGUCGUGAAAUAUUCCUUGGAUUUUGGACCUCUGGAUAGCAGAUCAGGACAGGCACAUCAUGGACAAGUUUCUUACAUCUCCCCACCAAUUCACCUGGACUCUGAGCUAGAAAGACCCCCUGUGAGAGGAAUGUCUACCACAGGCCCUCUUGGAAUGGGUAGUACAACCACCAGUACCACCCUUCGGACCACAACCUGGAGUGCAGGACGUAGCACCACCCCAUCAGUACCUGGAAGGAGAAACCGGAGUACCAGCACCCCAUCUCCAGCUGUAGAGUUACUUGAUGAUGUCACUACACACCUGCCCUCAGCACCCUCCCAAAUCCCAGCUCAGGAAGAGAGCUGUGAGGCUGUGGAAGCCAGGGAAAUCAUGUGGUUUAAGACUCGUCAAGGACAAGUAGCAAAGCAGCCAUGUCCUGCAGGAACCAUAGGUGUGUCAACUUACCUUUGCCUUGCUCCGGAUGGAAUCUGGGAUCCCCAGGGACCAGACCUCAGCAACUGUUCUUCUCCUUGGGUCAAUCACAUAACACAGAAGUUGAAAUCUGGAGAAACAGCUGCCAACAUUGCAAGAGAGCUGGCUGAACAGACAAGAAAUCAUUUGAAUGCUGGAGACAUCACCUACUCAGUUCGGGCUAUGGACCAGCUGGUUGGCCUCCUUGAUGUCCAACUUAGGAACUUGACUCCAGGUGGCAAGGACAGUGCAGCUCGAAGCUUGAACAAGCUUCAGAAAAGAGAGCGCUCUUGCAGAGCCUAUGUCCAGGCGAUGGUAGAGACAGUUAACAACCUCCUUCAGCCACAAGCACUGAAUGCUUGGAAAGACUUGACUACAAGUGAUCAACUUCGUGCAGCUACCAUGUUGCUUGACACGGUGGAGGAGAGUGCUUUUGUGCUGGCUGAUAACCUUUUGAAGACUGACAUUGUCAGAGAGAACACAGACAAUAUUCAGUUGGAAGUGGCAAGGCUGAGCACAGAAGGAAACCUAGAAGACUUGAAAUUUCCAGAAAACAUGGGCCAUGGAAGCACCAUCCAGCUUUCUGCAAAUACACUGAAGCAAAAUGGACGAAAUGGAGAGAUCAGAGUAGCCUUUGUCUUAUAUAACAACUUGGGUCCUUAUUUGUCCACGGAGAAUGCCAGUAUGAAGUUGGGAAUGGAAGCUAUGUCCACGAAUCAUUCUGUCAUCGUCAAUUCCCCUGUUAUUACAGCAGCAAUAAACAAAGAGUUCAGUAAUAAAGUUUAUUUGGCUGAUCCUGUGGUGUUUACAGUUAAACAUAUCAAGCAGUCAGAAGAAAAUUUCAACCCUAACUGUUCAUUUUGGAGCUAUUCCAAGCGCACAAUGACAGGUUACUGGUCAACACAAGGCUGUCGGCUCCUGACAACAAAUAAGACGCAUACUACAUGCUCCUGCAAUCACCUAACCAAUUUUGCAGUACUCAUGGCACAUGUGGAAGUCAAGCACAGUGACGCAGUCCAUGACCUUCUUCUGGAUGUGAUCACAUGGGUUGGAAUUUUGCUCUCCCUAGUUUGUCUCCUGAUUUGCAUCUUCACGUUUUGCUUUUUCCGUGGGCUCCAGAGUGACCGUAACACUAUCCACAAGAACCUCUGCAUUAGCCUGUUCGUAGCUGAGUUGCUCUUCCUCAUCGGAAUCAAUCGGACUGACCAACCAAUUGCCUGUGCUGUUUUCGCUGCCCUCUUACAUUUCUUCUUCCUGGCUGCCUUCACUUGGAUGUUCCUGGAGGGGGUUCAGCUGUACAUCAUGCUGGUGGAGGUUUUUGAGAGCGAGCACUCGCGAAGGAAGUACUUUUAUCUGGUGGGCUAUGGCAUGCCUGCUCUCAUUGUGGCUGUGGCAGCUGCAGUGGACUACAGAAGUUACGGAACAGACAAAGUAUGUUGGCUCCGACUUGACACCUACUUCAUUUGGAGUUUUAUAGGACCAGCGACCUUGAUAAUUAUGCUUAAUGUAAUCUUCCUUGGGAUUGCUUUAUAUAAAAUGUUUCAUCACACUGCCAUACUGAAACCUGAAUCAGGCUGCCUCGAUAAUAUCAAAUCAUGGGUUAUAGGUGCAAUAGCUCUUCUCUGCCUGUUGGGCUUGACCUGGGCCUUUGGACUCAUGUAUAUUAAUGAAAGCACAGUCAUCAUGGCAUAUCUCUUCACCAUUUUCAAUUCUCUACAGGGAAUGUUUAUAUUCAUUUUCCAUUGUGUCCUACAGAAGAAGGUACGAAAAGAGUAUGGGAAAUGUCUGCGCACGCAUUGCUGUAGUGGCAAAAGUACAGAGAGCUCCAUUGGCUCAGGGAAAACGUCUGGCUCUCGAACUCCUGGACGCUACUCCACAGGCUCACAGAGCCGAAUUCGUAGGAUGUGGAAUGACACGGUUCGAAAGCAGUCAGAGUCCUCCUUUAUUACAGGGGAUAUCAACAGUUCAGCCUCACUCAACAGAGAGGGGCUUCUGAACAAUGCCAGGGAUACAAGUGUCAUGGAUACUCUACCACUGAAUGGUAACCAUGGCAACAGUUACAGCAUUGCCAGCGGCGAAUACCUGAGCAACUGUGUGCAAAUAAUAGACCGUGGCUAUACCCACAACGAGACCGCCCUAGAGAAAAAGAUUCUGAAGGAACUCACUUCCAACUAUAUCCCUUCUUACCUGAACAACCACGAGCGCUCCAGCGAACACAACCGGAAUCUGAUGAAUAAGCUGGUGAAUAACCUCGGCAGUGGAAGUGAAGAUGACGCCAUUGUCCUGGACGAUGCCACCUCCUUCAACCACGAAGAGAGUCUGGGCCUGGAACUCAUUCAUGAAGAAUCCGAUGCUCCUCUGCUGCCCCCACGCGUGUACUCCACAGAGAACCACCAGCCGCACCACUCCACCAGAAGGAGGAUCCCCCAAGACCACAGUGAGAGUUUUUUCCCUCUGCUAACCAACGAGCACACGGAAGAUCUGCAGUCACCCCACAGGGACUCUCUCUACACCAGCAUGCCAGCCCUGGCUGCUGUGCCCGCCGCAGAGGGUGUGACCACCAGCACCCAGACCGAAACCCCCGCGGCCAAAUGUGGUGAUGCUGAAGAUGUUUACUACAAAAGCAUGCCAAACCUAGGCUCCAGAAACCACGUCCAUCAGCUGCACACCUACUACCAGCUAGGGCGAGGCAGCAGUGAUGGAUUCAUAGUUCCUCCCAACAAGGAUGGAACCUCUCCCGAGGGAAGUUCAAAAGGACCUGCUCAUCUGGUCACUAGUCUAUAGAAGACGACACGGAAAUGGAACCCCACAGAACUGCUAACACCACCUUGGACUGUGCUGCCAUGAAUAGAAGCAGUGGUGACUGUGUGUACUCCUGAAUCUUUAUGCUGUUCUCGAAAGACAAACACGAACUCUCUGACUUCUUUUUCUUU